CCUUAACUUUUCAAUACUCUCUUUUAUUCAUUCUGUACCUUCCAUUUUUUUUCCUUACCCUUCAUUUCCUGCUUCUUCUUCUUCUUCUUCUUCUCCUCCCCUUUUUUUCCCUAUCUGAUAGGGUUUCCAUGUCAUUUUGCCUUCCUUCCCCCUCAUGCAUCAGCUCUUUUCACCUGAAAACUUGGUGAUUGCCGUCUUCACCUUUAUUGGGUCUCUCUUUUUUGCUCUCUUUGGAGGGUUUUUCAUUGGCGUUCUGCCCACUGUUGAAUUUUUGGGUUUCGUCAACCCGUACUCAUGGCUAAGAUCUUUGGUUUUACUCUCACAGAAAGUGAGGAUUUUUUCCCUGGGGCACCAAUCUAUCCCAACCCCAAGGAUACAAGUCUCUUUUUGUCCCUUGGUCGUCAAGUGGAUGUUUAUUAUCCUCUCCGUAAGAGGUCCCGAGUCAAUCCCCCAUUUGUGCCUAGUGGAGAAAUACUCCAAAAGAAGGAUGCAUCUAUUGAGGUUCUUCCAGAUGAGUGUCUCUUUGAGAUCUUCAAACGCUUGCCUGAUAGAGAGACGAGGAGCCUCUGUGCUUGCACUUCUAAACGCUGGCUCAUGCUUUUAAGCAGCAUAAGUGGAAACGAAUUUUAUAGCGGUUCCAGAAAUUUGAAGCCUAAGAAUAUUGUGACUGAAAACGAGGAAGAUAACCAAAUUGAGAACGAUGGAUAUCUUUCACGAAAUUUGGAAGGGAAGAAGGCAACGGAUGUUAGACUAGCUGCCAUAGCAGUAGGAACUGCUAGCUGUGGUGGCUUGGGCAAGUUGUCAAUUCGUGGAGGCAAUCAUGGCUUUGAGGUUACAAACCUUGGCCUUAAGGCUGUUGCACAUGGAUGUCCUUCCCUUAAAGCUAUUUCUUUGUGGAAUCUGUCUUCAAUAGGUGAUGAAGGUCUGAUUGAAAUUGCCAAGGGAUGUCAACUCCUAGAGAAGCUUGAUUUAUGUCAUUGUCCUGGAAUUUCAAACAAAGCUUUACUGCAACUUGCCAAAAACUGCCCUAAUCUGACUGAUAUAACAAUAGAGUCUUGUGUAAAAAUUGGCAAUGAAAGCCUACAAGCUAUUGGGAAAUCUUGUUUGAAUCUGAAGUCUAUUUCGAUCAGAGACUGCCCUCUUAUUGGGGAUCAAGGAAUAGUAAGCUUAUUCUCUUCCACCUCUUACACCUUAAACAAGGUGAAGCUCCAGGGUCUAAAUGUCACUGAUGUGUCGCUUGCUGUCAUCGGGCAUUAUGGAAGGGCAGUUACAGACCUUAUGCUUACUGGCCUGACAAAUGUUUCUGAGAGGGGAUUUUGGGCCAUGGGCAAUGGUCAUGGCUUGCAAAAGUUGAGAUCAUUUACACUUAAUUCUUGCCAUGGUGUGACUGAUGUUGGACUACAAUCGAUUGGAAAGGGUUGCCCAAACUUGAGGAAGUUCUGCUUGCGCAAAUGUUCAUUUUUGUCAGACAAUGGAAUGGUCUCUUUUGCUGAGGCUGCUACCUCCAUCGAGAACUUACAAUUAGAAGAGUGCCACAGGAUAACCCAAUUGGGUUUAUUCGGUACCAUCUUAAACUGUGGUGCAAAGUUAAAGGCCCUUUCUCUAGUAAACUGCUUAGGGAUCAAGGAUUUGAGCCUGAACUUGCCUUCUCUGUCCUCGUGCAAGUUACUGCAGUCAUUAUCCGUCUGCAAUUGCCCUGGGUUUGGUAAUGCAAGCUUAACUCUUCUGAGCAAGCUGUGCCCCCAGCUUCAGCAUGUGGAGUUAUCUGGGCUCAAUGGUAUUACAGAUUCUGGGCUAUUGCCACUGUUCAUGAAUUGUAAAGCAGGAUUGGUGAAGGUCAAUCUAAGUGGCUGUGUGAAUCUAACCGACAAAGUGGUUUCAUCCCUGACCAAGCUUCAUGGUUGGACUCUUGAAUUGCUCAAUCUUGAUGGUUGUUUGAAGGUCACCGAUUCAAGCUUGGUGGAAAUUGCAGAGAACUGCCCGUUGCUCAAUGAUCUAGACGUCUCCAAGUGUUGUAUCACUGAUUUUGGGGUUGCCACGCUUGCUCAAGCCAACCAGUUCAACCUGCAGAUCCUUUCUGUGUUUGGGUGCUCUGCCUUAACUGACCAGAGCUUGCUUGCUUUUGUAAAGUUGGGCGACUCCCUCUUGGGCUUGAAUCUUCAGCACUGCAACUCAAUCAGCACCAGAAGUAUUGAGCUGCUAUUGGCUCAACUCCAUCGGUGCGACAUCCUCUACUGAACAGAAGCUUAUUAGCAUAAAGGCGAUAACAAAUGGAGGAAUCCAUCUAAGAAGGUAGCUUAAAGAACUUAUCAGGGCAUUAUCAGUAGACUGUAGUUUUUGGGUCCAUGGGUAUGGGUCUUCGUCAUUAAUAACCUUAGGUUCAUUUUCCAGGGAAUAUGGUCACUCUCCUUUUUUACAGGUCUCCCUUGAAUGGGGUCUGUUUUUAGUGUUUUGGCUCUCACAUGAGAUGUCUCUCACUUUGAUUGAUGGCCAUCCUUCCCUGAGCUUUCCAGUUUCUGGAUCAAGGUUAUUAAGGUUCUGUGUUAUUCGGGUAAUUGGUAUCUUGGUUUUUUGUCCCGCCCUCGUCACGGGGUAGGAUUGUCUCAAGGUCUAAUACUCGAGCCACGUUUCGGUUUAAUGUGUUUGUUUCUGUUAUGUUUGGGUUUUUGUUUAUGUUUUCCUCAAAAGUGGGGGGGGGAUAGGGUGGAUCGCCUAGACAAAUCAUCUUCCUGGUUGCUUUUAGCAGUUCCAUUAUUUGGUGCCUUUCCAUUCACGGGGCCUCGGUCGUGGCAGCGAGUUAUACAAGUCUGCCACCACAAUCUUCUUGUUCGCAAGGGAUUGUUUUUUUUAAGUUCAUACCAGGCCUUUGUUUUUCAGGAACCAAUUUUUUUAAGGAACUCUGCCUUUUGCAACUAAGUUGUAUGUAAUGACUUAUACAGAUCGGCCUAUGUCCCUUGUGAUGUAACUUGUAAGUUUCGUAUCCAAUAUUAUUAAUAAAUAAGAACCUGCUUUUUAUUUUAUUUAUUAA